AUGGAAAUGGCGGAACCAGGAAUUGCGUCCGUCCCAGUUAACCCCAAGGUUGGGCUGGUGGAUGCGAUGGAGGAGGAGCAUGUUGUUCACUAUUCCGUGCAGGAAGAACUUCCUCGGACCUACCUCCAUUUGGGUUUCCGCGGAAUAUUUGAUGUGGUGUGCCAGAGAACAGUAGUUCUGGUUGUUCUUUUGUUAAUUCAGUCGUUAUCUCAGUUUAUACUUGAGAUGUACGAGGGACUCAUCUCUCGUCAUGUCAUAAUUCCCAUGUUCCUUACAAUGAUUAUAGGGGCUGGAGGUAAUGCAGGAAAUCAAUCAGCUGUGCGGUGCAUCACUGGAUUGACGACGCGCGAGUUCCGACGAAGUGACUUUCUUCUAGUCCUCCGCAAGGAAGUUCUUUGCGGUCUCAUUAUUUCUUCCCUGCUAACUUUAGUUGGUUUCGCCAGGGUGUACUACUUCUACUGGGGUCAGUUCUACUCGACAAUAGCUAUAUCCUUGUCACUGUUUUGUGUCAUAACGAUUUCUGUCCUGUUUGGCACAACGUUACCUUUUCUUUUUCAGUUCGUGGGCAUCAACAGAGAGCAUGCAGCACCUUGCAUUCAGGUGCUCAUGGACAUUACCGGUGUUUUUAUCACUUGUUUCUUGUGCUCACUCGUUAUUCCCUCGAGUGAGAGCAGCGGCGGCAACAGCGGGAAGUGA